UUAAGCAGACACAUCCCUGCUUGGGAUAAAGGAGCUGCCCGUCUGUUCUGUGGAAAGUAGACUUUGUGGUAUCAUCUGCAAAUCUUGUGCUGAUAUUUCGUCCUCCUACUGUAACGCCUAGCAACUCUAUACAGGGGGUCCUCGGGUUACAACGUCUCGACAUACAACGCUCACUCCCAUAAAAACUUGAGACGUGAGAAGGAAUAAAGGAAUUGCUAACCAAAGAGGCAUUUCAGAAGCUCUCUACCUUUGUCUCCUCCCUGGCUGAACAUUGCCCACUUUUUUAUGUCAGUAGCCUGCUCUUCUUUAUCUGCGAUAAUCCGAAGAGGAGUGGCUUGGAUAAUUAAAGGACGCUGACAAUAGGGAUAUAAAAGCGAGCCGGACGGUAGGCACAACCUCUUUACUCCAAGAGCUGCACAGAAGAAUUAGAAAUGGGCAAAGGGUUCUACAUCAGCAAGACCUUGGCAGUGGUGGGCAUCCUGUUUGCAGCUACAGCUGUUGCCACCAUCAUUGCCCUAGCAGUGGUCUACUCUGAAGCAAAAUCCAAAAACGAGGAGACUAUUAAAACCUCAGCUGCUCCUGAGGUGACCAGUCAAACCUCUCAGCCGACCACCUCUCUUCCACCGAAUUACAUAUGGAAUAGAUACAGGCUGCCGGACUCUCUUGUUCCAAUAUCAUAUGAUGUGUUGCUUUGGCCAAAGUUAGACACAUACAUCUUUACUGGAAACUCCACAGUCAUCUUCAAAUGUAAAAAAGCAACCAACUACAUUCUGAUUCACUGCAACAAGCUAAACCUGACAAACUUUGGAGAUCACUAUGCCAUAAUCAGCACUGAAGAUGGCUCAAAGGAUCCAGUAAUUCUCAAAAGCUUUAUGGAAGAAAAGACUCAAUACCUGGUCCUGGAGCUCCAAGAAGAGUUGGAAGUUGAGAAGUCCUACAGACUAUUCACAAGUUUCGUGGGAGAGCUGGCAGAUGACUUAGCAGGCUUCUACCGCAGUGAAUAUGUUGAGAAUGGAGAAAAAAGGGUUGUGGCCACCACCCAGAUGCAAGCUGCAGAUGCUAGGAAAGCCUUCCCAUGUUUUGAUGAACCAGCCAUGAAAGCUGUAUUCAAUAUCACCCUGAUCCACAAGCCAACAUUUUCUGCUCUGUCCAACAGUCCAGUUAAAGAGGUAAAACAGAUCACCGUAGCCGGAGAAAACUGGGAUGUCACCAGCUUUGAGCCAACACCAAAAAUGUCUACUUACCUGUUGGCUUUCAUAGUCUGUGAUUUUGGCCACAUUCAAUCCGAAGAGAACAACAUUUCGAUUAGUAUCUGGGCUCGCAAGAAUGCUAUUAAUGAAGGCCAAGGACAGUAUGCCUUGAAUAAAACAGGAUCCAUACUUUCUUUUUUUGAAAGCUACUAUAAUGUAAAAUACCCUCUACCAAAAUCAGAUCAGAUAGCACUUCCAGAUUUCAAUGCAGGUGCAAUGGAGAACUGGGGUCUUGUGACCUACCGAGAGACUGCUCUGCUGUACUCCCCCAAGAUCUCUUCAAUAGGAAAUAAGGAGCGAGUUGUGACAGUGAUCGCUCAUGAGCUGGCACAUCAGUGGUUUGGAAAUCUUGUGACCUUAAAGUGGUGGAACGACUUGUGGCUCAAUGAAGGUUUCGCUUCCUACGUCGAGUACCUUGGUGCAGACAAUGCUGAGCCCGAGUGGAACAUUAAAGAUCUUAUUGUCUUGAAUGACGUCCAUCGAGUCUUUGCUGUGGAUGCCCUUGCAUCCUCUCAUCCGCUGACCUCUGAAGAAGAAGAAAUCAACACCCCGGCUCAAAUCAGUGAGCUUUUCGAUUCCAUCUCCUAUAGCAAGGGAGCAUCUGUUUUAAGAAUGCUGUCUGAAUUUCUGACUGAAAAAGUCUUUCUUCAGGGACUAACGUCCUACCUGACAGCCUUUGAAUAUAGCAAUACUGUGUACCAGAACCUUUGGGAUCACUUGCAACAGGCACUAAAUAGCCAGACAGAAGUGAAACUCCCCGAGACAGUAAGCAACAUCAUGAAUCGCUGGACUCUGCAGAUGGGCUUUCCAGUUGUGACCAUUAAUACCCAAAAUGGAAACAUCUCUCAAGAACACUUUCUUCUCAAUCGCUCAUCCAUCGUCAACAGGACAUCCCCAUACCACUACGUCUGGUUUGUGCCCAUCACUUGGAUGAAACCAGGAGAGAACGAGAAGACUUACUGGAUGCUUAAUAAGUCAGAAAUAGUGAAUGAUUUUGCUACAUCUGGAGAUAAAUGGAUCCUGGCAAACAUCAAUGUCACUGGCUACUACAGGGUUAACUAUGACAUGGAGAAUUGGGACAGACUUCGCACACAGCUGGAGACCGGCCAUAACGUCAUCCCAGUUAUAAACAGAGCCCAGAUCAUCGAUGAUGCAUUUAAUCUAGCAAGAGCAAAUUAUAUUCAAUCUACAGAUGCCUUGGACAUGACAAAAUAUCUCAGAAAUGAAGUCGAAUUUAUGCCUUGGGAAUCAGCCAUAGACAACCUCGGCUACUACAUUCUCAUGUUUGAUCGGACGGAAGUGAAUGGGCCCAUGCAGGCUUACCUUAGGAAUCAAGUUACUCCUCUCUAUCGUUAUUUUAAAAAUAUCACUAAAGACUGGAAGGAAGUGCCCACUGGCCUCACUGAGCAGUAUAACCAAAUCAACGCCAUUAGUAUUGCCUGCAGCAAUGGCUUGACUGAAUGCAGAGACCUGGCCGUAGACCUCUACCAGCAAUGGAUGAACGAUUCUAACAAUAACCCAAUUCAUCCAAACCUGAGAACGACCAUCUACUGCAACGCCAUAGCUGCUGGUAGGGAACAAGAAUGGGAUUUUGGCUGGGAGAUGUUCAAGAACGCAUCCAUCGCUACUGAAGCAGACAAACUACGCUCAGCUCUCGCCUGUACAAAACAGCCCUGGCUUUUAAACAGGUAUCUUGAAUAUUCCCUCAAGCCGGAUAAAAUCCGCAAGCAGGAUGCCACCUCCACCAUUGUUUAUAUUGCUAAUAAUGUGGUGGGCCAGCCACUAGCCUGGGAUUUUGUACGAGCUAACUGGGCGAAGAUAUAUGAACAGUAUGGUGGAGGCUCCUUCUCCUUUUCAAACCUCAUCGACGGGGUGACAAAGAGAUUUUCAACUACAUUUGAGCUCCAACAGCUGGAGCAGUUCUGGAAGGAUAACCAACACAUUGGCUUCGGUUCUGGUGAGAGAGCUUUGCAGCAGGCUUUGGAGAGGACGACCGCCAACAUCCAGUGGGUGAACGCUAACAAGGAGAAAGUGUUGAAAUGGUUUAGAGAUAAUACGCCUCAAUAGGACUGAAAUACAUGGAGUCACCUGGCCACCCUUUUGUGCAGCACUUCAAGUAAAGAAGGCAGGACAGAGCUAUGAGCUAAGCUGUGCUGGUAUGUGGACGAGAUACUUGACAGUAAAAGAAAACCCAAAUCCAAUGGCUCGGCUAACAGCCCUGCUCCCAUCAUUCUAUCUAACUAGACAUUUUUCCACUAGCAAUGCAAACUGGACAAGUGCCUUUGGGGAAGCAGUAAGGAAAGCAUCUGUGAUUUUUGACUUUUAUUUCCAACAAUAGCGGAAAGAAUUGGACGGGCCCAAUAUUGUGUAACUGUCCAAUAAGCUCCCCCAUAAUGUUCCUGCUUAUCCACUCACUCUGUUCACUGUGUCUCAAAAGGCCGCAGCUGCUGGAUAAAGAAGAGAAGACAACAAUGCACUAUGUGGCUCAAUGUAGACUUUUUAUUGUAUGUACAUACUUAAAAUGAAGAUCCUAUACAGCAAAUAUGAUUACAAAUGAUUUAUAUAUAGAGUAUGAAUGGAUAUAUCUAUAAGAAAGAAGUUUAUAUUUUAAAGCUUUCUCGACAAAAAGAUAACCUCGUAUGUUUGUUGAUGUGGAGUGCUUAUCAACUUGUAUAAUUUUUUAUUAUUUUCUAUCUACUUUUGCACUGAGCCGUCCUCUCAUGUGGAAGGUGAACUGAACAUGUUUGGGUCUAAUGAAGUGCCUUCUUAUGUUACUUUGGAUAUCGAUUAGGGAGAGCAGCUUCUGAAGACGUCUUUCUUCAGACUAGCGAUAUUCAUUGAGUACAAGCGUGGCACCAUCCUCCUUAGGAAAUCAUUGACAAUACUGGAAUCCUUCUACACUUUAUACACUGAUUUGAUGGCUAUCAGGAAUAUGCAAUCCAUUACAGUCUUGAUUGAUUCUUUUAGCAAAAGCAGUGAUCUGUCCUUCUGCUAAUUCUACUGGUCAAAGUCUCAGGGAGUUGGAGAUAUCCACUUUGAACCAUGGGUACAAAUAUAAAUAAUGUGAAAUAUUAGAUGUGCAACCAGCUUACGUCAACAUUGUACAUGCCAGAUCCCUGCAAUGAUCGCUUUAUUACAGUGUAAGACGGCAGUUCUGGGUGGCACAGUGGCGCACAGUUUGGGGACCCGGAUUCACUUCCCGGGUCCUCCCUUCGUGGAGUUUGCAUGU